GAACGUUUAAGAUCCUCUGUACACAUGGGAAGCUUUUGUCCCGAACACACUCUCUCCUCACGGGCUGAUGCAAGUUGAAUGAGUGAGCCGACAGCUGUGAGCCAAUAUAUUACAUGUGAAGAUGGCAGACUGUGAUGGUGAAGGCGCCCAGACUCCUCUACAGCUGUAUGAGAGACUGACAGCUCAGGGUGAUCAAGUCAGAGCCCUCAAAACUGCUAAAGCUGAGAAGACUGAAAUAGAGUCUGCAGUCCAGUUACUGCUGAAGCUCAAAGUGGAGUACAAACAGAUAACGGGUCAGGAUUACAAAGCCGGAUGCCCUCCCCCUGAAAACCUCCCUGUACCUGAUAAUGGUCCAUCAGCAGAGGACGCUACUGAAGAAGAUGAAGUCAACCCAUGGAGUGUGACCACCACCAAUGCCAAAGGAGUGGACUAUGACAAACUUAUAUUGAGGUUUGGGAGCAGUAAAAUUGAAAAGGAGCUGGUGGACAGAAUAGAGAAAGUAUCAGGACAGAAGCCUCACCGCUUUUUAAGAAGAGGAAUAUUCUUCUCGCACAGAGAUAUGCACCAAGUAUUAGACGCAUAUGAGAAGCACAAAAGCUUCUACCUGUAUACUGGCAGAGGUCCAUCGUCAGAGGCCAUGCAUGUGGGUCACCUCAUCCCAUUCAUCUUCACCAAGUGGCUGCAGGACGUAUUCGACAUCCCUCUUGUUAUCCAGCUGACUGAUGACGAGAAAUACCUGUGGAAGGACCUAAGUGUGGAGGAGUGCCAUCGCUUUGCUGUGGAGAACGCCAAGGACAUCAUCGCAUGUGGCUUUGACAUCAACAAAACCUUUAUCUUCUCUGACCUCGACUACAUGGGAUCCUCUCCUCAGUUCUACAGGAAUGUGGUAAAAGUACAAAAGCAUGUGACGUUCAACCAAGUGAAAGGCAUCUUUGGUUUCACAGACAGCGACUGCAUUGGAAAGAUCAGUUUUCCAGCAAUUCAGGCUGCUCCCUCCUUCAGUAACUCCUUCCCACACAUCUUUGGGGAAAGAAAAGAUAUCCAAUGUCUUAUCCCUUGUGCCAUUGACCAGGACCCCUACUUUAGAAUGACCAGAGAUGUGGCUCCAAGGAUCGGGUAUCCUAAACCAGCCCUGCUCCACUCUACGUUCUUCCCAGCUCUCCAGGGGGCACAAACCAAAAUGAGUGCAAGUGAUGCCAACUCAUCCAUUUUUCUCACAGACUCAGCCAAACAGAUCAAGAACAAGAUAAAUAAGCAUGCGUUUUCUGGAGGCAAAGACACAGUGGAGGAGCACAGACAGUUUGGAGGCAACGCAGAGGUGGACGUCUCCUUCAUGUAUCUCACCUUCUUCCUGGAGGAUGAUGAGCAGCUCGAAAAGAUCCGACAAGACUACACAAGUGGAGCUUUGCUAACAGGGGAACUAAAGAAGAUCCUAAUUGAAACACUUCAACCAAUGAUCGCCACACAUCAAGAGCGACGUAAACAAGUGACAGAGGAGCUAGUCAAACAGUUCAUGACACCUAGGCCUUUAAAUUUUAACUUUUAAAUAAGAUUAUCACUGUAUGGACAUUAAACUGGAGGUUUUCAAAGCAAGAAAGUAAGUAAAAUAAAAUCGUGCAUGUGGGAUUGCCCUUCUUCAUCAUGAAAUGUAAUAUAUCAUUUAGCCAUAUUUCUUUGUGCUUUUUAGAAACAUGUUAUGUCAUGCCCAAGGUCUCCAGCCAGAACCAGGUGUAAUGUGUCACUGUACAAAUUCUCAGCAAAUAUGUAAACUGUAGCCAAGAGACAAUGGCUCUGUAUGAGCCAUCUGUUAUGUGAAAUAUAUACAAGAAUUGUCAUGGGCU